UUAUAAACAUUUUGUGUUUAUGGUAAUGAAUUCUAUAAUCUUCUAGUGGAAUAAGAUUGUAAAAAUAACAGCAUUCUAAAAUGCUUUUUAGAUAUUGUAAUUUAUGUUAUCAGAACAUAACUGUGUCAAUUAUAAAUUUGCGGAAGUAUGGGAAAAGAGUUGGUGCCAAACGUUUUAAGAAACGUGAAGUUAAAAAGCAGAUAGCACUUACUCCUGAAGAAAGAAAAUUAAAAACACCAAUAAUCCUUUGCAAACGUCCGAUGUUUAAUUUCUACAAAGGUGAUAUUUAUUCAAAAUAUGAACCAAUACCCUUAAACAGCAAAGGAUGGAAUCGUUCAGAUUCUAAAGGAGAUCAUUUUUGUAUUUAUCCAGAAAAAACUUUAACAUCAAAUGAAGAUAUUCAAAAGUCUACUUUUGAAGAAUUCAAUUUAGAUCCUUCGUUAUACAAGAAAUUAGAGGAAUUAGAGUAUACAACGCCGUUGGAAAUUCAGAAACGUGCUAUACCAAAAAUUUUGAGGGGUCUAAAUACUAUAAUAGCUGCUGAAACCGGAUGUGGCAAAACAAUGGCUUAUCUUGUUCCUUUAAUAGAUCAAAUUUUAAAUUGGAAACCAAUGUUAGAAAGAUCUUAUAAUUCUCCAUUAGGAUUAAUCGUUACACCAAGUCGAGAAUUAGCUAUUCAGAUAGGGGAAGAAGCUAGAAAGUUGUCAAAUGGUCUUGAUAUUUCAACAAAAAUCUUAACAGGUGGUAAAACAAAAAGAAUGAUACUUAAGUUACCUAUGAACGAUGUCGAUCUCGUUAUAGCAAGUUUUGGAGUUAUCAGUAAAUUGACUACUUCUAAACUUUAUAAAUUAAAUUGUGUCAAACAUAUUGUUCUGGAUGAAGCAGAUGCAUUAUUUCAUGAAACAUUUGAAGAAAAACUUAAUGUAUUUAUGAAGAGACUACCGAUUGCUUAUCAACAAACAAUAGAUGAAAACGGAAUGCCUAAAAAUGCUCAAUUGACAUUAGCUUCUGCCACAAUGCCUCAAAGAAUCUCUGAAGUCUUAGGAAACAUAGUAAAUGCCGAUUCUUUGGUUAAAAUAGUUACAGAACAAUUGCAUCGUAUUUCCGUACCUCAGACUUUUGUGAGAAUGGGUCCAAGUCAAAAACCGUACCAGUUAUUAAAGUUUAUAAAACCAAAAGUUAAAUCUAAGGAACCAGUAAUAAUAUUUAGUAAUAAUACCGCUACUUGCGACUUUAUUAAUAUGUUCUUAGAAGAUUGUGGUAUCAAUAACGUUUGUUUAAAUGGUAACAUGCCUUUGGAAUUAAAACAAGGAAAAUACAAAGAAUUUAAAAAUGGAAAAGUUAAUAUAUUAUCAACCACGAAUAUGGGAUCUAGAGGAUUGGAUACUAUCAUGGUCCGACACAUAUUAAAUUAUGAAUUUCCAAUGGAUACUGCUGAUUAUAUUCAUCGAUGUGGUAGAGUUGGAAGAGUAGGCAGUCAUCAAGACUGUAAAAUAGUCAAUUUCAUUAGCAGUCCUCUAGAAAUUAGAAUGGUUCAAAAGAUUGAAAAAGCCAUCCGCAAAAAAAAACCUAUACCUAUUUUUAAUAUAAUGAAUGAACAUGUAGAAGAUAAUCUUGAACCUUUAUCUUCUCCUGAUGAUGCCCAAGAAGACGAUAUAAUUGAAGACAUAAAUGAUGAGGAUAGUAUUCCUUACUGAAAACUUGAUAAAUAAAUUAUAAUAAUAAAAUAUAUGACAUACAAUUUCAAAAGAAUUUUUUAUAAAUUGGUAAAUAUAUUAAUAAUCCUAGUGUAUGUAAGGUUUUAUCACUUGACCCAAAAUUGUAAGAGGAUGUAUAUGUAUGUGAGAAAAUAUCUAUCUCCCUCGUCUAACAUACAUUCGUUUUCUAAUUUAAUUAGUUUAUAUGAGGUCAAUGUGGUUAAUUUUUCGUGUAAGAAUGCAAUGAUGAAACCCUCGCAAUGCUUGCCAACACGAUCAUCUGAUUAGAUGGGUAUAACUACUCCUAAUUUCAUGUGAUCUUAUAAAACGGAUUUUAUCCUUUUUCGCUAAUAAAAUAUUCUACAUCAUAUAGUGUUUUAAAGUUUCGAUGAGAUUUUUUAUCUUAGUUUUUUUUUUAAUUUUAAGACUUAUUAAAAUAGGUAUUUUAACAUUAUUUUGACUAGUUUGCGCGAAUUUUUUUUUAAAUUCCAAAGUUUAAAUAAAAAGGUAGCAGAAAGGCUUAUGUCCAUUCAUAGGUGUAGUAUUCUGUCGUGUCUACUGACACACCCACACUGGACACCCACGCAUAGUAAAUAGAAAUACUAUAAGCCAGAACAUACGUCUAGACCAGUUUAUUACUCACUUUGCGUUUUAGUGAAAUUAAAGGUGGUCAGUGCACGCUGCUGUUUUACUUUAGCCGGGUUUGACCAUGUGGGUGUGCCAUAGCAGUUGAAAUGGUGUCGCUAAACAAUAUCUUCGCGUGUUUCUUAUCUCUUUUGAAUGAACUACUGGUACUCACCUUUCCAAAUUAAACUCAAAGGUUUCAUUUAACCCUUUCUGAUGUUAUGGGUGCGUAUAGGAUACACAUUCAGGAAAUUUGCACGCGGUUAAUAUUAUAAAAUCCUAUGUAAGUAACAAAUUUACAUCUGAUGAACUAAUCUUUUUAUAAUUUUGCAAUAUUUAUAAAGUAAUGGUUAAAAUAUUUUCAUAUAUUUUUAAGGAAGCUUCUAAAACGAAUGAGAAGUUUUAUAGAAUAAGAAAACUAAAAAGAGAAAAUCUUUAAUUUAUA